AUGGUACACCUUGUAGCUGUACCAGAGUCAAUCACGGCAAGUGGCUGUGCUCGUGUCUUUAUUGACACCAUCUUCCGACUUCAUGGGUUGCCCCGUGAACUCGUAUCAGACAGAGAUCCACGAUUCACUGCUGAUUUCUGGCGUUCCGUGUUCAAAUCACUCGGAACGCGCUUGAAGAUGUCUACAUCUGAUCAUCCAGAGUCAGAUGGUCAGACGGAACGUGCCAACCGUGUCCUUGAAGAGAUACUUCGAGGAUACGUACACUCCUUUAAGAGUUGGAGUGAGUUCUUGCCAAUGGUAGAGUUUGCCAUUAACAACUCGGUGCAUGCGCCCACGACACAUACACCGUUUUACGUGAAUGGCUUGCGCCAUCCGCUUGUACCCACCUUAAUAGAGUGUGACUCUGGUUUAAGGGGGGGAGAGACUCGCGCGAGCAAAAACCGAUUUGGUUCACGCUCAUCACGCUCUGACGAAGAGGUCAUUGCGUUUGAUGCCGAUAUCGAUAACAUCGAUAUCGAAGAAGAUGAUGCCAGUGAGAGCGCGGAAGCCCUCACUGAAGAAAAGAUUAAUGUUGCUGUGUUGAAACAGUGCGACUAA